AUGUCUACCUCAACUGAUAAUACGAUAUCUACCUCAACUGAUAAUACAAUAUCUACCUCAACUGAUAAUACGAUAUCUACCUCAAGUAAUAAUACGAUAUCUACCUCAAGUAAUAAUACGAUAUCUACCUCAACUGAUAAUACGAUAUCUACCUCAACUGAUAAUACGAUAUCUACCUCAACUGAUAAUACGAUAUCUACCUCAACUGAUAAUACGAUAUCUACCUCAACUGAUAAUACAAUAUCUACCUCAACUGAUAAUACGAUAUCUACCUCAAGUAAUAAUACGAUAUCUACCUCAAGUAAUAAUACGAUAUCUACCUCAACUGAUAAUACGAUAUCUACCUCAACUGAUAAUACGAUAUCUACCUCAACUGAUAAUACGAUAUCUACCUCAACUGAUAAUACGAUAUCUACCUCAAUUGGUAAAACGAUAUCUACCUCAACUGAUAAUACGACAUCUACCUCAACUGAUAAUACAAAUUCUACUUCAGGUUAUAAUACGGUAUCUACCUCAGGCCCUGUGGGUACAGCUGGAAAACAAUUCUUCCUUGCUUUUAUGAAUGACAAUGACUUGUACAUAGAGGGUAACGUGUCUAUAACUUUGACACCAGCAACGUCACUUCCGGCGACCAUUCACGUGGAAAGUAGUUUUUCAAAUUGGAAAACGGACUUUACAUUGAACCCUGGAGAUGUAAAACAACUUUCAGCUAGAAAAUAUGAAGUCAUAGUGAUGCAAGAUUUGACUUACCAAGCAACGCAUGGUAUAAUAAUUACUUCAACAAGUGACAUUGUGGUAGUGGCCCAAUAUAUUUCUACUGAAAUUGCAGUAAGUUCCUUUGUUGUAUACCCGGCAGAGUCCAUAGGUUUUGACUAUUUCGCGGUCACGGAUUUAAAAGGUAAAGAUGGUAAAUGUGUAAUUGUUUGUACAAUGAAUAACACCUUAGUAAGAAUCCAGCUGUCUCUUGCAGCUAACCAUACUCUCAGUUCAACCAAUUUUCGAAUAUAUCGAUACGGUGAAGUGAUAUCCUUUCCUUCAAUGCGGGAACGUGAAACGUAUCAAAUGACAUUCACGGAAGACAUUACAGGAAGUAGAAUUAGUGCCAAUAAACCUAUAGCAGUUUUCUGUGGUGGUAAUACAGAAGAGAAAGGUUUUGUUGCAGAACAAUUGUUACAUACACAAACAUGGGGAAAACACUACCUCAUCCCCCCUUUUCUUGGUAUUAAACUUACAAUUAUGUCAAGAGGAAAUAAAAACCACGUGACUAUUAAUUCACCCAACUGUGGAGUAAGUAUGUCCCUUACACUGAACUAUUCGGGUUCUUAUGUUACUAAAUCUUUUCCGGAGAUAACAUUACCGCAAUGUGUAACAAACAUUUCUGCAGAAAAAGAAAUAUCAGUGACUGUGUAUAUGCCUUUAAAUAUGGAUGUAAAUCCUUCCAAUCUAGUCAUACCUAGUACUGACCAAUAUACGUCAAAUACUGUGUUUGUAGUUCCAGAAACCCCAUUUCAAGCAAGUACCACUUUCUUUGUUGGUUUUGUUUCACGUAUUGGUAGUGGUGAAGCAGUUACAUUAGAUGGAACACUUUUACCAGACGCUAGGUACCACGAAAUUGCCAUUGGUGUCCAUAACAUAACUACAAAUAGAGAUACGUUUGUCUAUAUUUUUGCCUAUAGUGCAAAGAAAACUGAUGGUUCGAAUUUACCAGGAUACAGUUAUGCAUACGCUGCUGGUAUGUUAGUUCAGCAAAUUUUACAGGACUGUAUACCGAGCUUAGAGAUAAUUGACGGCGUUGACAAUGACUGUGAUGGUGUUAUAGAUGAAGACCCAUGCUUUACUACAUUGAAUGCCACAAUCAGUAAUGAUAAUAGCUGGAUGUUUGAAGAGGAUUGUAAUGCAAAUUUAUUGUCAUAUACAACAACAAUAACUGAAUCGUCAACUACUGAGCCAAGAACCCCAACAUCUGAGCCUAUGACCUCAACAUUUGAACCAGGAACCUCAACAGCUGAGGCAAUGACCUCAACAGCUGACAGAGAAACGACAACCAUGGUACAGAUAUCGGAAACUUCAACUAGUGAGACAACAGAAAAAACAGAUGUUACCGUUACAAAUACAAAUGGAAAAGACUCUGAAGAAACAACAGUAAAUAGCGUCACAACAGAAACUGGUAACAUGGGAAACAUGAUCACUACUGAUACUGCAGAAUCAACCCAAAGUUUGAUAUCGGAAGGAUCAACAAUGACAACAGGCGAAACUUUGCCUGAUACAACGCUCAGAUCAACACAAACAAACUCUAAUCAGGAAAUAACAAGAAAUACCGUUAUAACAGAAACUGAUGACGUAGACAACACGAUAACUACUAAUACUGCAGAAUCAACCCAAAGUUUGAUAUCGGAAGGAUCAACAGUGACAACAGACGAAGCAACGCAAGAUACAACGCUUAGAUCAACACAAACAAACUCUUAUCAGGAAACCACUGGAAAUAGCGUCACAACAGCAACUGAUGACGUAGAACACACUAGUCAAGGGACAGACACUACAGAUGGUAAUACAUGUUACUGUCCAUGUUCCAAUGACGCUCUAAAUACAGAAGAGAAAAUACAACAAAGAUUAGUUGACCUUCGAACAUCACUUCGAGUUGAAAAGCGGAAGUUAUCUUCUUCCGUUAGAAAGCUGAAUUCAGCCACUGAUGACCGAACAUCUGUCCGUUACUUGGGCAUUAGUGGUGUGAUAAUUUUAAUUACUGUUUUCUUGUUCAUUAUAAUGUUGGAUAGUAUAAACCUUAUUAAAGCUAUCAAAACACGAUUUGGUAAAUAUAACCUAUCGUAAUAUUCGAACUAUAAAAAGUUACACUAAAGAGCUUUCAUUGAAACUCAGAAAUGUAUUUCCGCAUUUCUAAGAAAGACUAACAGUGCAUACUAGAAACAGCAGUAAUAAUGCUUUUAUCACUAAGUGCUUAGUGCUGAACCAGGAACAAAAAAGACUUGUCCGUUCACAGCUCCGGGGAGUUGCAAGAGAAGUAACUGGCGCGCAUAUUUUUGAUGUUGCUGCAUAUGUAUAUUAUAAACAGCCUGUAGUUACUUCUUAAAGCGAAGAGUGCUUUGUUAGUUUAAAGAAAAAAAAUCUUAAAAUGCAAGAAAUGUAUGAUCCCCAGUGUUGUGUUUAAAUAUGAUAUCACUCCAAAUUAAAUACUUGUUUUCGAGAGUAAGAAAUAUCUUUUCAUACAAAUGUUCUGUGAAUUGUGGACGAAUGAUGAGAUUUUGAAAAUGAACUUAUUGAUUUUAUGUAAAUUGAGCGAUCAUCAGAAAGUCUUCUGGAAAUGACCAGUAAAAUUGAUAAUUAAGUUAUCUUAAUUUUAGAGCGAGCGGAAUUGAAGAACUAAGAAUUUAUUUUGAAUAGCUGUAUUUGUCUCGAUAUAUACAUUUUGUGUCUAACUUAAUUGUUUAAGACGACUUCAGAAUAUGAAUAUGCAGCUAGUACUUUGUAACAUAAAGUCUGUUACAAUAACUUUGUGUUACAAUAUUGUAAUUGUUUUAUAUUUACUGGUUUAUUUUAGAUGUAUCAUUGCGCUAGAAUAUCCUCCGCCGACAGAAAAAUAGGGCAUCGAACUUUAUGUUGAAUAACAUGUGUAUGCAUUUGCAUUUGUUAUUAUAUUUUUUAUACAUAUGUCGUACGUUUAAAAUAGCAGAAACUGUGUAAACACAUAAAUCCAUGUAAAUGCAAAAGUAUCAAAAGAGCAAAAAUGCAGUUUUCAAUACCGCAUUUUACUAACGAAAAUCUGUAGUAUAAGACAAAUUUGCCCCUUUUGUGCUAUUUGGGAGUUUACCCCAUAUAUGUACUUUCAUAUGGUAAUUGCACUAAACAUUUUGCGGGUAAGAAAAUUAUCUCUGAUACGAUUUAUGUAUGUAUUGCGAUGGUAUGGCCUUUAGCAUUUGUUUUUACUUUUGUAUUACUGCAAUGUGUAUAGACCAAAAUAAACAUCUUCAUUUAAACUGA